AGUUGCACCGAAGAUGCCAAAUCCUAAUUAUAUUUUGCGGACUGGCAAAACGUGUUUGUAAAAAAAUUGGUAGGCUAGGUAUAUUAUUUUUAUCUGUAUAUGAUAAAAGGUCGAGUAAGAAUUGGUAUAUAUUAAAUUAGUAAUGUUGCCUUCAAAAUAAAAUAAAUAACGAAUCAUGUGCGACUAUCUUUUUUAAAAUUAUAAAGUUACGCCAUGUAAACUAAAAAACAGCUGAAAUAUAAUAAAAUUGUGAUAACAUUGCUUGGGUCAAUCACCAGAUCAUAUGUCGAGGAAGAUAAUAAACAAAUGAAUUCAUCAUCGUUUCUGCUUUGUCUGGUUUUAUUUCCAAUAAUUUGCACGGCUUCUGUUCCUGAACCUUCAUGGACCCAGUGGUCUUCUUGCAGUGUGACGUGUGGACGCGGAUCUCAAACUAGAUGGAGAAAAACCUGCAAAUAUCCCACAUCAUCCUGCAAAGUGACCAAAGAAGAACAGCGACCUUGCAUGUUCCAGUUUUGUCCAAGCUAUCUUUCAUGGCCACGAAUUCAUUUUCAUGGAAAACUAGUAUUAGAUGUAUCAACCGUGAAUAACAAUCGAUGUAACUAUGACACAAAACAGUUUCUUACUGCCUCCGCUUCUGAAAACUUCGGAAAUUGGAAUCCCGAUGGCAGCGGUCAUUUGUAUUUUAUCGAUACAAAAGUGACAUCGAUUUGCAAAAAACCUGGGAAAUGUUCAACGACAGAUAAAAUAGUCAACAUGAAAAUCCGUGAAACUGAAAUGGCAGUAAUUGUAGACUUGGAUCCUGAUUGGCAACAGGCAUCUGAAAUAUGGGGUCUCACGAUAAUCAUACCAAGGAUACUGGAAGCGAAAUAUUCCAGAGUCUCGAUGAGGAAGAUGAGGAAACGAUUAGCUGGGAGUUCUGGUGAUGUGAGCAAAAGCACAACUUAUAAAAGUAAGUUAUCAAAUAUCAAAUGGUUCAGCAAUCAUUACAAGCAUAUGUUUAAUAACGCCACAGAGCUGUCGAUCUCAUUUGUUCUGGAUCAGUUUAGAUUCGAUCUCACCCGGGGGCGAAUAACUGGAACAAUAGGGUUAACGUCAAAUGACGAUCCGGUUCAAACAGUCGCAACACGAGUCAUGAGGGCAGAUGGCUGGAAAAAUCGAAAAAGGCAAACCAUUUUUAUAAUACCAUUCAAACAUUUCUACAGACCUUGGAACCUAUUACUAACGGAAUCAAAGUUUGGUAUGCAUGUCGGUAUUAUGGGACCAGCUGUCCACAGAAUAAAUCCGAGUGAGAGACAACGUUUAUCAGUUUUUGUAAGCAGAUUCGGUAUGCCGUCUGCAGCAUCACAAGUGAAUGUCAAAUCUUUGAAGCAUAUUAAAAUGGGACCUUGUCCAUUCCAUUGCAACAGCACUUUAGGAUGGCCAGAGGCAGCUCUCUCAAUAACACCUGUUGGGACAAAACCGUUUACUAAUUCAACUGGAAUCGUUGUCUUUGACAUGUAUGGCGUUCGCUCACCCGGAUCCCCAAGACAAUGUGGAUUAGAUGGGCAGAUUUAUCCCUUACAAAUCUUAGUAAGACACAGCACCAAGUCUCACUCGUAUGUUUUUGAAGAGGGUUCAAAUGAAGAAGUCACUGGAUCCCAUAUUGAUAUUACUUCUAUACCAAUCGCUGCUAGGGUUUAUGAUGAGGUCGAAAAUGUCGAAUGUCCGACUUGGCAGGAUAUAAAAGAUAUUUUCCGUCUUUAUUAUAAUUUGUAUCCUGUUAUGUGGAAAAACAAGAUAAUCGACACGAAUUCUUAUGAAGACGUCAAAGCAAAAGCUCGCCUUUUGAAAAUGGCAAUGUUCGAGUACGAUAUGGAGAACCCUAGGUUCAUGCCGACACAGCGCGAUUUAUCCUACAGUAAAAGACGUUUGAUUUGGAAUUGGAUGAAAUGUGGCAUGAAAGAAGGUAAAUCUCAAAAAGUAAAAAAAAUCUCAAAGAACAUAUGUAGUAGUAAAGCACUUGAAGAAGAAAUUGAAAAGCUGAAGCUGGAUAUACAUAACGCACUUUUCCUCGAGUUUGCGGUCAUACCGCCGUAUCUGACGGCCUGGCUCAGUAUAAAAUGGGAGCGUGGUCGAAAUAAAGAGGUGGCGGACAUUUUGAAAAAAACCGUCAAUGAUGAGAUGAGACACAUGGUUCUUGCCAGUAAUCUUUUAAACUCGAUUGGAGGCAUUCCUAUAUUUACAUCUCACAAUCCGAGUUAUCCUUUAACACCAACUCUGGGAGGUAUUUACGGGCUUGCGAGAGGAAAUGUAUUAUCGUUAGGACCAAUGUCAAUCGGAACAGUUAAGGACAUUUUCUCGGCUAUUGAACGUCCCGUCAAUGACAGAGGCAAAAAGCUCCUCGGUCACAUUGCUACACUUUGGAAAUUGGUUUCAGAAACAGAAAAACGUACAAACUCAUCACCAGAAAGAAAUUCAAGAUUAUCUGCAUUACUGAGAAAAUUUCUAAGAAAUGAAGAGAGUAAAGGACAAAAGAAACAUUCAGUGAACUCGAAUAAAGAAAUGAGCGGAGCACCGACGAGCAAAGAACAUAUUACAACAGAAAAAAUUUGGACUAUAAGAGACUUCGCUACUUCAAAACUGGCUCAAAUUGAUGACGAGGACUUGCAUACUGUCGGUGGCUUUUAUGCAAAGAUAGCCUUAAAACUGGCUCAGCUGGAAUCUUGUGUAAAACUCCGAGUACUUGGGGAACCUGAUUAUGAUAGCAAAUCUAAUCGAAACGUCACCUCGACCAUAUUCACCGGAGAUACCAAGAAACAAAUGAAUUCAAGGCACUGGUAUAAAAGAGCGUCCACUGCUGAGAGUAGACAAUGUGCUGCUGAAUCUGUAUCUCAAACGAUGGGGACUUUUCCGCCACUUGGAGAGGCUCAUGGAAAUGAAGUUCUAAGUGCAUCAUCGAGUAAUAUGACGCUUAAUGAUAGUGGUGUAUGCACGUCUACACCAAAUUUAGACAAAAUAUCUGAAGUUAUUUUUGAAGUGACCGAUCUGUCAUCUGCUCUUCGGUCAAUAAUAGAGAUUGUCUAUGAAGGAGAAGGAGGUUCAUCCUGCUCGCCAUUUGAAGAUUUGAUGACGAAACGUCUCCUCUACGUUGUCACACUAUUAUCGUUUUCAAGAAAUAAUUCACGGUCGCAAGUGAUUAAAAUUAGAGAUAAUGACGUUCUAGAUUACUACGAAUGUUUGAACAUAUCCAAAUGGUGUAAGACAUUGCAGUCUCCUUGGAAAUACUGUUACGCGGGUAGUACAAUAACAUUUUUUGAAGACGGUGUUUGGCCGAUUGUAUCAAAUCCGAACCAUUUUACAUAUGUUCGGGGCACAUUGGCAUCAACAUUGAAUUUUCAAUUUUCAUUAAUAUAUUCUAGGUUAUUAAGAUGUCUAAACAAAUCUUUUAAUGGUGAACCCGACCAUGUAAAGUUUUGUAUGGCUGCAAUGUAUGAUUUAACAAUGAUGGGAAAGAAACUGGUUUCAACUAGCAUUCAACAUAAAAAUAACACUGACGGGCAGCUCGUGCCCACUAGAGUAAAUGCGUGCCCAAGCUUUGCUUACAUAGGUCUGAAUAAUCCAUUUGUUUAAUGCCUCAGUCCCUUUCUUCGCUAUUACCUCAGUACCUAGUCAGUUUGGUAAAGGUAGCUAUAUGAAUAUGUAAGUUAUAUGGCACUAAUUCUUGCCAUUAAUUCAUUGUUGCUUUGAUUUUUAUGAUAUGAUACUAGUUUUGGUAACCUAUAACAUCAGAAAACUAUCCUAUACUAUAAACUUAAAAUGUCUGUUAGGCUUGAAAAAUCCGAGAUCUUACAUAAUAAGACUCAACGCGUCAAGUAUAGAAUACAAGAGUGGGGAUCGUAACGUAGAAAAUGGUUUUCACAGCCUACAUUAAACGCAUAAUUUUUUAUUCUUUGAAACAAAAAUGUUUGCACGAUCAAGGUUUUGCCUAUCAGAGUUAACAAUUAUGUGGGAUAAAUAUUUUUGUUUGCUGUGUUUGUAACGGAUAUUCAAAGCAAUCUUUUUGAAAUACAAUGAAAAUAUAUAUAUAGCAAAAAUGUAAUGCAAAUGAAUGCAUUUAGAGAAUUUCAAAUUUUGCGCAUCACUGUCAAAGCAUUACUAACACAUACAAAAGGAGUGGUCGUUGUCACAUUCUAUUCUUGUUUAUGUGAUGUGUAAGAUUUGAAAUCCUCUAUUGCUUUCAAGAUAUUUUCAAAUUUUCUGUGCUGUGAAACAUCUGUAUCAACUUAUCUGCAAUAAUUUACAGUGGUAGAGAAUAUACGAAGAGUGAAUUUAGUAUAUCAUCGAUGUUUUAAUUUCCUAAUUGCUAUUCGUAAGAUUUCAUACGGAUUAGUGAAAUUUCCUUACUCGGAAUACUGCAUUUUCAGAACAAGCGUUUUAUAAUAGUUGAUUUAUGCAUUAAAACUAUUUUGUUUUGAAAACUUCACUUGGUAAACUGUCAAGUCUGUUGUGAAGUUAUAUACACCCAAACAACGCCGUAUGUCAGAACCGUAUUCACCAACAACACUGAAUGACGCUGAGUGAAUUAAAGUUCAAAAUUCCAGCGGAUUGCGGCCAGUUUUGUCUUUCAAAAUCUUAGAUAACAAUUUUGGUAUUUCACACCUGGCAAAACGUUGCUUCAGGCAUAAUAACGAUUUUCUGAACACUUGUUCUUGUUGUCAUCAUCACACUUCGUAGAAAUUGAUCGAUUCAAUGUUCAAACAAUGAUCUGUGGUUGUUUAUUUUUUCCGCUUCCCAGUAAAGAUAACAAUUGUAAGUCAUAUGGUCGAUUUCUUCAAAAAUAUAAAUUAAAAAAUUA